AUGGCAAGACGGACGUCAUCGAACGAACAGAACAUUUAUGGCGAAAAUUUGAGUGAUAAUGAGGAACCGUCAAGUAACAGUGAUGAGAUACGUCGCCUCAGUAAUACAAUCUCAAACGAUCACAAUGCUGAAAGGCGCAUGAAUGCAGUCGAUCCAACAACAACAACGUCUCAACCAAACUUUGAAGGCGACAAUUUGCUGGGACAAGCUUAUGAGGAAUCCGCACAGAGAGUUUUCAAACGACCAAAUUCGAGAAUUACUUGGGAUCAUAUGAAAUAUAUUCAAGAGAUACCACGUAUUGGUAUUCAACGAAUCUACGAGAAACGUGGCGAUCGAUCACGGCCGAAUGCAUGGCGACGAUAUGGUGCAUUGAUGAAACUGCAUGAAAUUGGUGGUUGGGCUUCGAAAAUCGGUAUUUCUUGA